ACACUGAGACAAGAGUUGUGUGAUUUGUUAAGACAGUCAGAGUUUGAUGGUUGAACUUUUCUCAGCUGUACACAUCUCACAAAGACCAAUGGAUAUAUUAUCUUUACUUUGUUUUGUCUCUGUGACUCUUACAGGUUUAACCAAAGGAAGUGGUGUGUUGCCAGAUAAACUGAAUGCAACUGUUGGAGGAGAAGUGAUGUUCACCACAACAGUGACUCCAUCAGAAACACCAUUUGUGGCAGUGGCCUGGACUUUUGCUUCUGAAACUAUUUUAAGACCUAUAAUAACCUCUACAUCUUUGGUCAACAAUUCUGGACCAGAAUAUGAAGGCAGGAUGAUCUUCAACAGAUCUAAUGGAUCUCUGAAGCUCAUGGAUCUGACUCUUAAUGACACAGGAGAGUACAGAGUUACUAUUAUAUCAGCAGAAGGAGAACAGUUUCUGGGAUCCACUGAACUGAAGAUACUUGAGCGUGUCUCCAACGUAAAGAUAACUGCCAACAGCACAGACUUGGUGGAGUUCAGCUCUGUCAGUCUGUCCUGCUCUUCUUCUGGAUCCUCUCCUUCUUUCCUCUGGAUGAACGGCAGCUCUGAGGUUACAGCCAGUGAGAGAGUUCAGCUCACUGAUGGAGGCCGUACUCUCACUAUCAUCAGUGUGAUCCGCUAUGAUCAGGGACCAUACAGCUGCAGAGUGUCCAAUGCUGUCAGUAUUGACACCAGUGAUCCAGUAAAUCUUUCCAUCCACUGUGAGUUACUAAUUUACUCAGUAUUUUAUGUAACAUCGUAUCCAUGCAAAUAUCCAAAUUCUCAGGUUCCUGAGUUGCCGCAUGCUCAGCUGCUGGAUACCUCACUUUCUCCUCCAAAACAAACUCAGGCUCCACGAACUCCAUCUCUGGCUCCAGACUUGAGACAAGUUCAUCCAAAGGAGCGGUUGCCUGAUGACGUCGUCUCGGCACUGGCACUGGCACUGGCACAGGCCCCACACAUGGCCGCAGAAACAUCUCUGUCUCAGCAGACCCAGUGUCCGCUCUAUGCCCUGGUGUCCCAUCUGAUCGUGCACGCUUUUGAGCACCUUUUCCUUGAGGCAGGAACAAUCAUCAACCCACUGGGCAGUGGAGUGUUCCCUGGCUCAAGCAACAUAGUGGCAUCACCCUCAGACUGUGUUUUACGGCCCCUUGCAUAUACCGUGGCAACAGAUGAAGCAGGUACAUGCAUUUUGUGUUUGCCUGCUACACGAGCUGUGGACAUCUUCUCUACGAGUUCGGCCUCUUGCACUCGGUUGAAGGCCUCUCUCCACACAGAGUCCAGCUCACCCCUUAGAGCUGUGUCAAACUCUGAGAGCACUAACUGUCUGCACCGUUUAACGAUGUUCAUUCCAAUGAUGCCUGCAUUUUCCAGGAAACGCUCUUUGGUUAGAGUGCUUGUCGAGCCCUCUGACUUGCCUCGCAUUGCCCGGCUCAUAGCAAUGGAGGGCUCCCGUUUCCCUGUAUUGCAGGACAAGGUGUCGCAGAAGACUGGCCCCCUGGUUUACGUGAUAACUGCCAGCAGCUCAGACUUGGUGGAGUUCAGCUCUGUCCGUCUGUCCUGCUCUUCUUCUGGAUCCUCUCCUUCUUUCCUCUGGAUGAACGGCAGCUCUGAGGUUACAGCCAGUGAGAGAGUUCAGCUCACUGAUGGAGGCCGUACUCUCACUAUCAUCAGUGUGACUCGCUAUGAUCAGGGACCAUUCAGGUGUCAUGUGUCCAAUCCUGUCAGUGAUGGCACCAGCGAUCCAGUAGAAAUUGCCAUCAACUUUGGCCCAGAGAAUAUUAUUUUGAAGUUACCUCCAUCUGAAGACCACUAUGUGGAAGGGUCAACCAUCAGACUGUCCUGUUCAGCUGUCUCCAGACCUUCUGCUCAGUUUCAGUGGUUUCUGAAUGGAGACCUGCUGUCUGAUACUGGACCAGAACUCACACUGAUGAAUAUUCAGGGGAGUCAGAGUGGGAACUACAGCUGUCAGGCUUUAAACAGCAAAACUCUGAGAUAUCAAAUAUCUCAGCCUUCAACUAUAACUGUACUGGGAGGGGGAAUCAGUGUGCCGUCAACACUGCGUAUGGUGGGGACGGUGCGCUGCUGA